AUGUUUGCGAAGUUUAUGAACAAGAAGGAUUUCCAUCCAGGCUCAAAAGCCAACAUCAAAAGGGUAAGGCAAAAGCUGGAACCAAUGUUGUGGUAAAGUUCAUUUCACAGCAUCGUUUUUUUUUGCUCGUGUCUACAUACCCGGCAGCCGGGAACUGUUUUCAAAAAACUAGAUACCCGGCAGUCAGAAAUUUUGACCAAUUUUCUCAAAAUGGCUCGUUUAAUUCCUCUAAGAACAUAAGAUAUUUGUUUAGAAAUGUCAAGCGAUUAUAAAUAUUGCCUUGAGUUAAAACUAGAAGCGACUGUCGAGCUUGGGCAUAGAGUGAAAUCUCAAUGUUUUCGACACUUAGAAAAUAUUCAAGUUCUGACACACUAAGUCAACUCCCGAUGAAUAUCCACAGAAAUUAUCAACGAAACCUCACCAGAGUAUUUAGUGUUUGUUCAGAAAUGCCAAGUGAUUCUAAAUAAAGGUUUUCGUAUUGUUGUGGACAAAUUCUCCGCGCUUGCAUCAAGCAUAUUCUUUAGAAUCUUGACUUCUUUAGAAUCUUGACUCCCUAACCAUGUCCCUUGGGAACUGUACACUCCUACGUGAUAAGGUUGUGUGCCUUGAAACUGCUGGAAAUCUAGAAGCCAAUUGCAAUUUGUACUUUUUUCCCAAUAAACUUUUGGUUUGUCAUGAUUGUAUAAUCUAUUUUAUCUUGUGUUUGGGAAGAAUAAGACAACACUUAACCAGCCCCCAAGGAAAUGGUGAGUCUUGACUGCUCAACCAUCAGUGAUCCUAUCUGCAAUAAGGGUCUCAGGAAACAAAACUUUUGUUAACCUCAGGGUUAUUCAUUUAGUGCUUAUUACAAUGUGACAGGUAUGGAUGGCAGAACAAAAACUUCUAGCUUCACAGCAAAAAGAAAAAGAACUUGAACUUCAAUAUAACAAGGAGCAAGAAAGAUUUAAAAACAGGUAUAGUGGAUAUUAAUAUCAACUUUGUAUCUCCCUUUCCAGGCUUGCAUUUUUGCAGGUAGCCAAUAUGCGUGCAUACUGGAUUGUAAGCAUGCUUGCUUGUUUCUCUAAGAAAAACUGUAGGGGGCCCAAAGCUCUGAAUACAGUGUGCUCAGCAUAAAGUUUGUUCCAAAAAUAAGGUUUCCUUCUCUACCCAAAGACAAGGGUAAGUCGCCUGUUACUUGCCUACUUUUAUAUGUCAUAGCUGUGAGGUUUUUAUUCUGAGAUAGCCAGUGUGGCAGGGCAGUCCACAGCCCUUCCAUAGUACUGACAGAAUUUCUCUUUUAUCAGGGUAGCCAUCAGCAAUGAUGAAAGGAUUAAGUCUGGCUUGGAUUUCUUGUAUGAUGCCCCACCUGGUUUCAACAAAGGUUUAUUUUUUGCACUUGUAAAUAAAUUUAUAAGGAGAGGUGAAAAAUGGACCGUUUGGAGAAGAAACCUCUUGUAGCAGGGUGGAGAAUCAAAAACAAACUCAACAAAAGUACCUCAUUUCCUUUCAAUAAGCACCCACUCCCAUGCUCUAAUAGGUACCCUCCUCCAAACAAGCCCCCAGCCCCCAGGCCAUAAUAUCAAAUAAGCACCCCCCUCUUAGAAGUGCCCCCAACCCUCCCCCUCACUUUCUGAAAUGGUGGGGAUACAAGGAAAACCAGCUUCUAUUACCACUUUAUGUUCAAAUUUUUGGGCUUUGACUACACUGGAGUAAAGCAGAAUCAGUAAAGGCAAAUAGUUUCUUUUCUGUUAAGUCACUUCCCUGCACUUGCAUAGUUCCUGUCUGUGCAUUAUCUCUUCUUUUAAUUUUUACCUUAUUGCAGCCCUCUUGGUAUAAGAUGCCGUAAAUUUGCCAGGAACACCUUGACCGUUCUCUAGUUUGUUUAAAGGAAAAAAAAAUAAACGCCCCCUCGAUUCAGUGCCCUUCUUCGGAUAAGUACCCAUUCUUUUAGUUGAAAUUUGAAAAUAAGUGCUCUGGCACUUAUUGGAGGAAACGUGGUAUAGUGUCAUCUCUAAUGUAACUAUAAUAUAACUGACCUUUUAUUACUUUUCUUCUUUCUUUUACAUAUACCUGUAAUUCAAAUUUUGUGUCCUUUGGAUAUAUCAGAUAAAAAGGUAAAAUUACAUUUCACUUACAAUUCCUUUGUAAGGGGUAAUUUUGUUAUUUGGAGGUGGGGGGCCCAUAUGGAGUAUGUUUCUGGGUGUAAAUGGCAAAUUUCUGUGUCAUUUAGGGUAUUCAGGACAAAAUUCCAAUAAUGUUCCCAUAUACAGGUUUGAAAGAAGGAAGCUUGAAUUUUGAUAUUAGUGUUUAAAGGGUUAACCCCCAAGAGAUGCCAUUCUUAAACAACUGUCACAUUAUUGCAAUAAAGAAGUUAUUGAAUGCUCUCCUUUGUUUUCCUUUUACAUUUCCAUGGACCAAGUGGGGGGGAAGUUGUUGAAGUUUCAACCAGAUUCAUCUUGAGUGAUCAUUUCCUUAAUUCUUGUCAUCAAUCCAUUUUAUUAAGCAUUGAUAUCACAAGGAGAAUUUUAAUGUUGAUCACUCUCUGGGCUUAAAGGGUUAUAGUAAUGCUUGAGCCAAGCCCAUAUUGUUCUCAUUUAGGAGUGUAAUAUUGGAGUCAACUCGCUCAUGAGUAAUUACCAUUUAUUUGAAAUGUUCAUUUUUUAUCAGCCACCAGAGCAGGAAGAAGGUGAAGUGAAGUUUGAAUGGCAGAGAGGAGCUCCAAGAGAGGCGUAUGUAACCACAUAUGGCUUUAAAAUAUGUACCAGCUAGUACCUUAGUACUCUUCAUUGAAAAAUCACAGCACAAGUUUCAAAGGAAAAACUUUCUAGGAAAAAACUGGACUCAUAUGUCAACCAAAUAUAAGAGAAAAUUUUGAGCUUUACUACAUGUAUGAAGUUAUUACAAAACCUUUAAGUUCAUCAAAACCUGAGUGAUACUUCCAGAGAAGUUUGCCAUUGUAAAAAUAAAAUGUAACAGCUCUCUUAAAGCACUUGUCUCAAUUUCUUAAAUUAACUCUCUUUUGAUUGCCAAUCCAAAGUUAAGCUUGUUUUUGAGUUGUACACUACCAGGUGUUUCAGCUGUAUAUCUUUUGUUAGCAGCAUCACAUACAAAGGUCACUCAUAAACCCAUGCAGAAAUUGUUUUAAAAAUGUAUCAAAUUAUUGUAAGUUGUAGCCUGUGAUCAAGAUUUCCAUUUCAAAAAGCAAGUGAAGCAAAUGCAAGAGAAGAUGAAAGUGAGAGGCAAAGCCCUGAGGGAAAAGGAAAGAAGAGCUACUCUUUCUUUCCCUGCCCGUCACCUACUACCACUGGUUUCCCCGCCAAAUGGCGUCUGAGAAACAAGCGCAGAAAUUCCAUACUGAUAACGCAUCACUACCCAGAUCUGGGUAGUGCUUCUGAUUGGUCACGCCGCAUGGGAAAUUUGAUUCAACCAAUCAGAAGCACUACCCAGGUUUGGGUAGUGACGUCAUCAGUAUGGAAUUUCUGUGCUCGUUUCUCAGACGCCAUUUGGCAGGGAAACCAGUGGUGGCUUUGCCAAAUGUUGGCUGUUUUCUCAGGCUACCCAUCACCCUCACAUCUUUUUUUGUGUGCUUCUGGCAUGUGGCUUCUCAUGAUAUCCACCAAACAGAUAGUUUGCCAGCAGGCCACAAGCAUUGCAGUACUUAUUCAGUUAAAUGUGGUAAUAGGAAAAGUAUGCCCGUUUGCAUUAAACUUGAAUAUUUUGCUUAUACCCCUCAAAAAUAUUGCAUUACAGAUAUGCCAAGAGCUUAGGGAUUGAGGCACGGGAUCAGCCAUUUGGAAUUGCUGUAUGUUCUCUUUUAUAAUUUUCUGCUCUGUUAAUUAGAUAUUUAUUUGAUUAAGCGGCCUGGACACUUAUUAAAUGUUUGGACCAUUGAGAGUGGGUUCUUAUUCGAAGUGGGUACUUAUUUGAGGCUGGGUGCUUAUUAAAUUUUCACAAUUUUCAGCAGUAGGAAUUUUAUUUUGCAACGAAACGUGAAGAUGUUCCAAAGCAGAAUUUUAACUGUUUAUUGAAAGUUUCUCUAAAAUACUUAGAAAAUUCAGUCUCUAUGAAAUUCUCUUAGUAGAACCUGGUCAAUUUCAGUCUCAUUUUCAGUAAGGUCAGUUUUUUCAGUAGGGGUUGUACAGGGAUGGGUGCUUAUUCAAGGUGUGUCCUUAUUUGACGCUGGGCACUUGUUUUUUCCUGCCUAUAGGAUGGGCGCUUAUUCGAGGUUGGGGGUUUAAUCGAAUAAAUACGGUAACUGUUUCGCGUUUUCCUGAAAAGCGGAAAAACAUUAGUUAUGUUUUUCUAUGUUUUCAUUUUCAUUAUUUUGUGACUUUGCCCUUCCUUUUUCAGGUUCGUAAUGUUAAAUGCAUUAAAUGUGGAAAAUGGGGCCACAUUAACACGGAUAAAGAGGUAACUAUUUUGAGAACUUAUGUAAGGCAUGUCUACGAUCAAAAGUUCAUUUGGGGUCAGAGGGACCAAAACUUGAUCAAUGCCAGUCUUUUCAAUUUCUCUGUUAUGUACACACGUGAGGACACAAUCAUAUGCCGCACCUUUAAUGUUGUUUUUCUUUUUGCUUUCUUCAGUGUCCGUUGUUCAACAAGAGCAAAAACGCCAACGUUGACCCGAGUCUUAUCACAGGUAUAAGAUCUUACAUCUUUCUACCAUUUCAGUCAAACUUCUCUAGUUGGGUUUGUUUGCAUAAAUUGUUGUCACAUAUGGUGUUAAAAUCUAAAAUGUCAGCCAGUAGAGUUAUAACAGCAUACUUAGAAUAUAUUUUAACCAGAAACAUUACAAACGUAUGACAGGAAGUAAUUAUUCCGCCUUUUCGCUCAAAAGACGUUUUCUUUAAGCCAAUGAUCAGGCGAAAAAAAUAAGGAAAGUGACCUAACGCGUUGGCGAAAUGACUUAAAACGUUGGCGAACAGGACGCUGUCGAAACUACUCGUGGGCAAAACGUCUUUUAAUCCUCAGUAAUGCAAUGUUGCCGUUUGAUUGUAGACAUCGCAGAUCCAAUGAGACUUCUAAAGGACAUGCAAACUGAAGGACUUACCUUAAAACAGAAUGUAUUAGGACGGGUGUUUGAUCCAAGCGACCCCAAUCAGGUAGGUAUCCUCUGCCAACUCGCCACCAAACCAUCUCGCCACCCAGAAAUAUAUAUCUUAAUACUUAUCGAAAGGUCAAGUCUCUAAAAAGAAUUCUUUCACUUUAAAUUUACAAUGAAAUUUAAGGAAGUAAGGUUCAAGUGACAAUAAUAUAUUAACCAACUUUCAUAAGAAAGGCUGUUGGAUUUUAAACAAAUCGCACAUCUCGAGCGAUGGAAAUAAGCCGUAUGUAUUAAAAAAGUCGCAAUUAUUCACCAAAAAUAAAACUAAAGAUGAGAAGUUUGAUGCAAGGUGUUAAAUAAAAUCGAAAAACGCAUAUUUGGGCUUGAGGAAGAGGUAACAAUCACAGGUAAGUAAACAGUGUCAAUUAUUGCAGAGUUAUUAUGUGGUGGCGAGAUGGUUUGGUGGCGAGGUGACCGUAAACCAUCAGGUUUAAAGCGACCCUCCUUGCUGGCAGAGUUUUCUUGGUAACAAACGGUUUCGCUACUUGUUGAACUCGCUACGUCCUAUUUCGCAACACGUUCGCUACACAUUACUUUCAAUAAACCAUUGAAAAUAUCCCUGCACUAGAUUUUUUUAACCCAAUAGAAGCGUAUUAACUUCAAAGCCAAAAUAACGAGGUGUAGCACCCUUUAAAUUUCACUUUGGCCGCGCUAAUCAUGGGCCGAAGCUAACUGUUGAAUUACGUGCCGCUGAAAAAACCUCCUUAAAGGCAGUUUGGUUUUACGGUUCUAUUUUUGAUACGGCAGGCAGGUGCGGCCACUUUAUCGACGCUAAAACGGCAGCCUUUGUACAUGAGUGGCGCGCCUUCGUAACCUGACCUCAAGUGCAAGUUUUUUCCUUUUCAGCUUCUUCAGUUGCCGUAAUUUUGCGGGUUUUUUGUAGUUUUAGAAAAAAAAAAGGAAUGUUUUUUUUGUUGAGACCACUUGGUUGCCUCCUUUUAGAAAUUUGAACAAAAUACACUGACUGCAUCUUCCUAUUUGAAGAUUUCGUAAGAGUUUACCAACUUUUUAUGCUUACCCUGUCGGUAAAUAUGCGUAAUCAUGUUUCAAUAUUUGACUUUUGUUUGCAGCAAAUUGUAGCAUCUGAAGAUGAAGGCGAAGACGAUGCAGAAGCUGCUUUCCUGGCCUCACUUACAGACAAACAAAAGAGGAAAUUACUUAGGUAACUGUUGUUGUUUUAUUUUUACUUUAUAAUUCCGUUUAUUUUUGUCGCUCUUCGCAGAAAUUCGUCAACGGUUUGUAUUUGCUUCUUUUUUCUUUUGCAUCGCAGGAAACUAGAUCGACUUGAACGAGAAGAAAUGGACGCGCAGAGAGGCCACAAGAAACAGAAGAAGAAAAAACGAAAAAGAAGCAGAAGUUCUUCAUCAGAAGACGGCGAAAAAGUGGUCAAGAAACACACCAAGUCAAAACACCACAGAAGAAGCGAUUCGUCGGAUUCGGAAGAGAGGAAAAGCAAGAAAAAAGGAAAGGAAAAGAAAAACGAAAAGAGUAGAAAAUUGAGGGAUUCAGAUCAAAGUGACUCUGAGAGUGACAAGGUGUAUAAAGAAGAAGAACGUGGACAUUCUAGAGACUCAAAAAAGAUGUACAAACAUAGCGAAACCUAUGGACAUUCGAGUAAAAAAGACGGAGAUACUAGGCAAUCGAGACAUGCCAAGGAACACAGAAACGUAGGGAAAGGUAGACAUUACGGAGAAACGCGCAGUCAUUCUACGAACAGAGAUAAAGAAAGGCAUUUGUGCGAGGGCAGUGAAAAGGAAGCUACGGACUACAAGAAACACAGAGGCAGUGAGAAAGACAGGCAUAGAGCACAAACAUACAGGAGAUAA